UCAGUUCUUUUUGAAGAAGGAGGCGUUUUAGAUACCCAAAUUCGAGGUUUACAUGGUUAUUUCAGUGAUGGCAACCCACAAGUUUUAAAUGAAAGACGAAAAAAUGAAUUAUUAAUAACUAAUAGAAUUAAUGGAUUAGAAAAAGACUUAAAUGAGUACAAUAGCCUAAAAUUGCCAACUGAUAGAGAAAUUAGCCAACUUAAAAAUGCUCAAGCAAGUAAAAAGGAAAAGUUAACUUUCCGAAGAGACUUUAAAACCUAUAUAGAAAAUAAUAGUGCUGAUAAUACUAUAAUUGAUGCUUAUCUUGGUAAAGGCUUAUCGGCGGAAAUUGCUGCUGAGGCUUACAGUUGUAAAAUUUCUGCGGAGGAAAUUGAUGGGGGAGUAGCGGCUUUUGCCGAACGAACUUACAAUCUAGUCAAUGAAGAAGAAUUAAAAAAUGCCAAAAAAGAUAAAACUUUCAUUAAUGAUUUUCGUGCUUUAGAAAACCUUUCUGAGCUUACUGAUGUUAAUAUUUUAGCUUACUAUAAAUUUAGUCCGGACGGUGGUGCUAACUAUGAGGAAGAUAUUAAUCCUUUAAAUAAUAAUAAAUAUGAUGCUUAUAUUUACAGUUUCAGCGGAGCACCAAAAAGGAGCAACCGACUUUUAGAUGAUGAAGAAAUUUGUGAUACUCAUACUCCAGGAAUUACUAAUAAUGAAUAUGCAAUCUUGAGUGGCUAUAAAUUUAAUCCUUUGGAGAAAACUAAGGACCAAGCACUUCAACAAAUACAAACUCAACAAAAUUCAAAUAGAGAAUAUUAUUCUUCUCAAUCUCAAUCCGAUAGUUACGAUAAUAAAAAUGAUAGUACUAGUCAGCCAACUUAUCAGCCAACUUCAAAUAAUAAUACUUCUACUUCAGAGCAAGACAAUUCAAAGUCUUCAACCAACGAUAAUGUUUAUUCAGCCAGCGGCGGCAGUGGUUAUUAUCCUAGUUAUGCUACUACUCAAUCUGAUGAUAAAAAAAAAGAAAACAAUUCUUCAACUCCGGAAAAGCCAAAACAACCAAAUUCAACUGCCAUUACUCCUAAAAAAGGCAUUGCUGAAAUAACCAU